AUGGCACCCGAGGCGCCUUCCAAAACGAAGAAAUCCAAAGCGAUACCCAAAACAGUCGCAGACUUUACCGUCCUCCCCCUCACACUACCCACCCUCUCCGGACUCCCAGCACACUACAACGAUGCGAAACACUACAUCUACAUUAAGGCGCACUCUCCCAGCCUCCCCACUGCGGACGACGACCGCAGCCUCUUCAUGGCAAACACACCGAUUGACGCUUCCGAACGCAGCAUACGCGCGCUGUUCCAAGAACAACUCGGCGGCUCCAUGGUCGAGCGCGUCGAAUUCGAUGCGAGUGUUCCUGCGCAACCGAUGCACAAGCGGUGGAGGAAUACUGAUAAACCUGCUGCCAUAGAAGACGAUGUUGCUGUUGGAGGAGGAGGAGCGGAUAAGAGGGGUAAGAAGAGGAAGAGGGUGGAUGACGCGGCUGUGAUCGCAGAGGGUGUUGUGGAAGAUGCUGAGAGCGCACUGCCGCGGUUAUGGAAUAGUGAAGUGAGGAAAAGUGGGAGUGGUGCUGUUAUUGUGUUUGUGGAUAGGAAGAGUGCAAAGGGUGCGCUGAAGGAGGUGCAGAGAGCUGUCAAGGAGGGCAAGAGUGUAGUGUGGAAAGGAGGAGAAGGCUUGGGCGUUGAUCGCUACAAAUCACACACCUCCCUCCUCUACCCCACCCCCUCCCUCCUUCAAGCCUCUUUAAACGCCUACCUCACCCAAUUCAACGCCCUCGAAACAUCCCGAAACCGCCUCCGCAAAACAACCCGAUCCGUCCCUGACGAGGAAGGCUUCAUGACUGUUACGCGAGGUGGCCGCGUCGGGCCCGCGAGACUCGAAGAUGCGGAGAAGAAAAAGGCCGAGCUGGACGAGAGGCGCAGGAAUCACAGGGCUACAGAUGACUUCUAUCGCUUCCAGAACAGGGAGAGGAGGAAGGAGGCUGAGGGUGCACUGAAGAGGAAGUUUGAGGAAGACAGGAGGAGGGUGGAGGGAAUGAGGGAGAGGAGGGGAAGGGUUAGGCCGGAGACUUGA